AUGAAGAUGUGCAAUCGUCUCCGCAUCCAUCUCAUCGUGGACGAGAUCUACGCACUAAGCGUCUAUGAUGUGCCCGACCCGCACGCCGUGCCUUUCAAGUCCAUUCUGGAGUUUGAUACUAAUCAGUAUAUUGAUGAGAGGUAUUUGCAUCAUUUGUACGGCAUGAGUAAGGAUACGGCCGCAGGAGGGAUGCGCUUGGGAUGUUUGUAUACCAGGAAUCAGGAGCUGAUGAAGGCUGUGCAGGGCGUGAGUCAGUUCCAUUGGAGCGGGAGCGCGAGUGAGAAAAUUGGCAUUUGUAUGCUGGAGGAUGAGGGGUGGAUGGAUGCGUUCUUGGAUUUGAGCAGGAAGAGGUUGCAGGAGAGAAAUUUGGCGGCUAGAGAACUGUUGGGGAAGGAGGGCAUUGGGUAUUUGCCUGGUGCGAAUGCGGGGUUCUUUCUGUGGAUUGAUCUGAGGAAGUGGUGUGGGAAGGUGGACCGGGAGGAAUGGAGUGAUCCAUUUGCGGGCGAGGACGAGUUGACGAAGAAGUUGAUUGCGAAGAAGGUAUUUGUGACGAAUGGGAAGUUUAUGUCUGCGGAAGAGCCCGGGUGGUAUAGAUUGAUUUUCUCGCAAGAUAAGAGGACUGUGGAGGAGGGGAUCAAGAGAAUCGUGGCAGUCCUCAAGGACACCCAGAGCACAGCAUAG